AUACACAACGGCCAUAAAGGCUUUAACAAGCGCAUACAACUACCGAGGUGCGAGCGGGACAUUUUUUAGGUUAGGUUUUCCGCGAGGACCGCACCGCGGCGCUCGGUCACGAGAUGUGUCGUUACGGAUGCUAGACCGAUACCGUCAUGAGCUCAAAGUUCAUCAUAGAUAGUAUGCUGCCUAAGUACCAUCAGCAAUACCAGCAUCAUCUACUCAACCCGGUAAUAACGUCCUCGUCAACUGGUGAUACUUCCGCGGUCAACUAUUCCAUCACGACCAACAACUCGUCAUCAUCGUCGUCGUCUCCACCGCCCAGUCUAGUGUCCUCCGCCUCCAGGAUGUACCCGUACGUCGCGGCACAUCACCACCAUCAGCAACAAGCCGCAGCAGCCGCAGCCUUCGCCGGAGCAGCAGCUGCCACGGGGUCCAUGGUCCCCGGAGCCUUCAGCACCCCUAGCAGUGCCGCCCUCGCUGCUGUCGUGGAUGCCGCCGCCGCCGACAAGUCCUGUCGCUACACCGGCAACGUCCCUCCUCCGGACUCCAUGGUCAACUAUUCUCUACAUCACCAGAACGGUUCUGCCGCUUCCUCCGUGUCCGCCGCCUCGGCCUCCAUGGCUGCCGCCGCCCAGUUCUACCACCAGGCCGCUGCCGCCUCCGUCGCCGCCGACCCCCUCGGCUCCUGUACCACCCAGGUGGCCAACGCCGCUACCGGACAGCCCAUGCCCGACAUACCCCGCUACCCUUGGAUGUCUAUCACCGAUUGGAUGAGCCCAUUCGAUCGCGUUGUCUGUGGAAGCCAACUCUUCGAAGGCCUGUUGGUUUCAGGUCCGAAUGGGUGUCCGAGGCGGAGGGGGAGACAGACCUACACUCGCUUCCAGACCCUGGAGCUGGAGAAGGAGUUCCACUUCAACCACUACCUGACGAGGAGACGGAGGAUCGAGAUCGCCCACGCUCUCUGCUUGACGGAGAGGCAGAUCAAGAUCUGGUUCCAGAACAGGAGGAUGAAGUUGAAGAAAGAGCUGAGAGCGGUGAAGGAGAUCAACGAGCAAGCCAGGAGGGAAAGAGAAGAACAGGAUAGAAUGAAACAGGAGAAGCAAGCGAAAAUGGCGGCGGAACAGCAACAACAUCACCACCACCAAGGUUCGCUGCACGAUCCUCACAAGAUGAUGUCUGGCCUAGACAAAACUUCAGGGGCGGACCUUCUCAAAGCGGUGGUCACCAAGGUGCAAACGUAAGCCCCACAGACUCUGCGCGAGUGGCGAGUGACGAGUGAUGUGAUGCUGUUGCGACCGAUAUUACCAGUAUUCUCGGACUCGGAUACGUAUACGAGGCAAUAAAAUUGAAAUUUGGGAUUUCCAGCAGAGCGAGGCUGGUGGUUCACGUCCAUGGUUGUUGUACUUAGCCUACAUCGGUCGUUCCCGUUUUUGUUAGGCCAGUGUUAGUUUGUCGGACGUUCUGUUUUGUGUUGCUCGUUUGUUGAGUUUUGGAUUGUUUCCGGUUAGUUCGGAUGGCCGAAGUCACUGUUUUAUUUUAUGGCGUUUCGCAAAAAGAGAAUUACUCCAGUGCCUUCGUUUUGGAAAUACGUAAUCUAUCUAAAUUGCCAUUUUGGAGGUUCUAUUGUUUUCGAGGCCUAACGAAACCAUCUAUACGUAAAAUUAAGUAUAAAUUCGAAAAUACGUACUAGUGGUAUAUCCGAAAGAGAUAUUUUUGAAAUCUUUUUGACGCUUGCAGUUCUGACCGUAAAAUGUAUAGCUACAUAUACUUCUUACUAUCUUAAGAGCUAUUUUACUUUCGUUUGCUCACCUUUAAUGUUAUUUGUAAUUAUAUAAAAAACUCUGUUUAUUAUACGUUUACUGUUCAUUUGUACAUCACGUAUUUUCGAGCGAAAUGCUAUUUGUAAGUUUUGUUUUGUUUAUAGUUAUAGUUUAAUAUUCGGAUGUUGCCAUAAUUUUAGCAUUUUGUUCAGUUGUGUUAUGGAUUUGUUAAAAGUAUGAUCUUGAGCUUUAAUCAUAUUGACUGUUAUUUUAACAUUUUUUAUGUUUGUUUUUCUUUGAUUUUGUUAUUUCGAAGAAUUUAGUUGCUUUCCAUAACCAGGCGUGACAGCGUUUUUAUUGUUGGAUAAUAUCUAUUGUUUACAUUAGGUAUUUGUGUAACACACAAAAAUGAAUUGUUUAAUUGAGGCAUAGCUGCUGACACAAAUACUGUAUUGAAUAUCUAUAUAGAAUGUCAUUACAUGAUUAAAUCUGCGAUAUAUUAGCUUCACUAAGUAUUACAUUUAACAUUUAUCGAACUUAAGUAUAUUUAAUCUAAAACUAUUUAAUAUUUUUGUAUCUGUAAGAAUUUUACAUAAUACCACUCCAACUGAUCCAACAGUCGAAAUCCUUUGUUUUAACGAUUUCCUGAGUUCCUCCACGGCUAAAAAGCACAUUUAAGCAAUAUUUCUAAAAGUUGCCGGUUUCGCCACCCUCCCUCCCCACCUGAAUCAAUACUCGAAUAACAAUGAUGUGCCAAGCCAAGCCCAGCGUUGCCACGUCUCCGUGAUUUUCGCUCUCGCAAAUUCCAAAAUAUGUUUGAACCGUAGUCAGUAAUUAAUCGAAGCUAGUGAAAUCGUUUUGGAAUAGAAGACCUUAACAAUGUAAUCCUAUACGUAAAGGUGGCAGGGUCGAGCGAGUGUGUGUGAGUAUUUUUAUGUUUCAGCGAGUUACUUACUGUGUGUUUGAAUUGAGAGUUUUGACUGUGUGAGAGCGUGUGUAUGUGUAAAUUAGCGUAUUUGUACAUUAUGCGACAUGUGUUUUCAGUGUUAGAUAAUUAUUAUUUCUUCUACUAAUCUAUGUACGACUGUAUCCACUAUUUGUAAGUUUUGUUCCUUGUCAGUACUUUUCAACCCGAUCCGUCACUAAAUGCUCCUCAUUUUGUUCCUAUCGAGUAAGCAUAUGCAGUUGCCUCGUUUGUAUAUUAACUUUCACGGAUACAAACCAUUAUGUGUAGAAAAUAUUGUGUAAUUUGCGGUUACACAUCAUUCUAAAUCAUUCUUAUUAACAACUAAAACAAUAGUUAGUAUGCAAUAUUUAAGAGUGAAUCAACAAAAAUUGUCUAAUAGACCUUGCCGGUGGUCGUAGCUAACCUGAUAAAUAUUUUAAUCGGGAUUUCUUUUGAUAAAAAAACAAGCAAGUUGAGAGAAGAAUUCGGGUAACAUUUUGGUUGGUCUAAGAUCUAAGACUUUCAUUUAAGGAAAUUGUUUAUUUAAAAGGACCUUCAGAACUUAACAAUACUCUUACCUGUCAGAACAUUUAAACCAGCAGAAUUCAGUUAAAAUCCGUGAAGGUUUUGGGUGACAACAAUAUUGGAUACAAGUUAUUGAUGUACUAUAUUUUAAAUUUGUAGUGCUCAAUGAGUAUAUUUUUAUAAAAUCAAUAAUAUUCCGUAGCAGACUUCUCAGCUCCGAAUUAUAAUUAUAUAGUUAUUUAUAGUAAUAUGUCUAUUGUGCUGUAAAUUGCUGAGUUAAACGUGUUUUAUAUAGUCGUUGUUUGCUUGGAAAUAAUGGCUGAAUAUUCAGAUAUUUAUAACAUUCAAAACAUUUCCACCUAAUUCGGUCUUAGUUUUUGAGGAGUAAUUUCAAUUAUAAACUUUUAUAGUGGAUAAGCAAUUUAGGGUAACAAAUUAUCCUGUAUAAAUGAACAAUAUUUUAAACUCAAAAGUAACAUUGUAAGAACGGGAAUUUCAUGUAUGAAAGUAGUGAUGAAUAAUUAAUUAACCUGAUAGGAGCCUAUGUUAAAGAUUUUGUUGCAAUAUAAAUUAAGAGAACAUUUUCUCGAAAUUCAUAUUGUACAAUCUUGAUGAAAAAGAACAUCGCCAAUCGAUCACCUUUCUGUUUAACAUAAGGUGAAGGCACCAUCCAAGGAAACAAUAAAAACUAUAUUCUUGAACUAACACGUAUUUUUUUAUUCAACGUGUUACAAAAUUAUAAAAAAAAAUUGGAAAAAUAUAUUGUACUUAUAUAUGUUCUUAUAAGUAACAUUUUUUUUACCACUGUAUUAAAAUUUGACUCAAAUGUGUUUUUACAUUAAAAACAUGUUUUACAGUCAACACCUUAUGUAAUUUACGAUCGUGGUAGUUUCAAUCAACUAACCAGUGUCAAUCGCAGUUGAAGCAGGUAAUGCAGAGUUUAAGUCAAGCAUCUUUUCGUCUUAUUUAUUAUAUUUCCUCUGUGGCUUUAAGACUAAAAAUGUACAUACAGUUUAAGAGACAACUGCAUUUUGCAAAACAUAUACAAUAUGAAAUGAUUGUGAUUGAGUUAGGUAAGAAGAAUAUGUAAUGUAAUGUAAUGUAUAACUUGACUUAAUGUACGUUUUUGUCGUGUAUGUCGCCCAUAGGUAGGCCGUAUCUAGUAUCGAUUAGAUAAUGUGCGCUCUAGCUUUAACGUUAAUCUAUUACAUGGCAGCUUUUGUAAAAUAUUGCGUUUUUAUUUUGAUAGAUAUGUUUUUAUAUUACUGACAAUGUUGAUUUAUUUAUAUAUCGUGUCGGUUGACUGUGAGAUCUGUUUUUGUUAGUGAGUUUAUUUAGACGAAUCUAUAUUCAUUUUGUUUGAUGCCGUGGGCACAGUGCUAUAUGACGAUUGUUUAAGAAUUUUAUUAUCACUCCCUUAUGUCAGUAUUUGUCCAUAGUUUCUGUAUUGUUUGUUUCUUGUGCUAUGUAUUAUUACAUCUAGUAUCCAUUUUUUAGAUAAACUGUAGACACAUUUCACUGUGUACAUACGUUUAGUAAAAUGUAAAAAAACUA